CUCUCAAUCAAUGUAGUUCUGUGCACGUUUCAUUUGUGUGUCUCCGAAAAACAUGAAAACAUUCCAAUGAACAAAAUAUUCCAUGCGAAAAUCUGACCCAAGAAAAAAAAGAAAUCAAAAAAAGCACCAAGCUUUUCCAAAUAUUUCUUAGGAAAACUCCCCUUCUUGAAACCUUUGCAAAUUUUCUUGAAUUUUUUUUCCCUGUAAUAUUUGUUGCAAAGGCACCAAAAGGGUGGUGGGGUUCCAAUUUUAUUUAUAAACAAACAUAAUAUCCAAUUUUAUGUGUAAAGAUAGAAUCUUUAUGUAAGUUACUAUCAAGAAUAGAGGUCAAAUUAUACAUUUUUGUGUAUACAUUUCAAUUCUGGUUGUUUUAGCUUUGAAAUAUUGAAGAAAAAGCCAAAGGGCUUUGUGGGGUUGUUUAUUUUGUGGCAUAUUAUUGUAUACAUUUGAAUUCUUGAAUGAUUUUGAGAGGCACAUGAUCAGAUGAAAUGAAAAAGGCCAAAAUAUGGGACUUGAAAAAGAUUGAUUUUUAUAAUCAAUGGGUGUGGGAAGGGUCAGGUCUGUAUUUGUUUUUGUUGUUUUUGUUUGUGCUUGGUCAGCUAAUAGUUCACAAGGGAAUCGAAAGCUUCCCGAAAACUGUUUAGAUAAUGGAGGUUCUUGGGGUGUUCAACACAUAGAUGAAGAUAAGGCUGAGAAAAUAUUGAUUCAUUGCGUAGAAGGAUCACAUAAGAAUACAGAAACAGCAAGCGUUCUAGAUUUGUCUCUUUAUCAGGCAGCAACAGGAACUUAUAUUUACUUAAAAUCAGAUAUAGCUUUGUUGAGAAAAAGAAUCUUACAAAAGGCUAUUAGUGAUCUGCCUCCUGAAGAGAAGCAAAUCCUUCUGGAAUGCUUAAGAAGGAAAAGCCUUCCUCUUUCUUGGUUCAUCAAGUACCAAAAGCUUUUCUCGCAAUGGUUGUCCAGUGUUCCAAGAAGGCACCUAAGAGAAAGAAAGCUUCAAGAUAAGCUAAUAGAUGAUGUUGCAGCUCCAAUCCUCGCUCCAUCUCCAGGCCCCACAGCCGUAUCACCAAUUUAUGCUCCAACGCCUUCUUUUGAAGCGCCCACGGAACCUCCUGCAAAGUCUCCAACACCUCGGGCCCACGUCAAACCUCCUGCAAAGGCACCAACACCUCAGACUCAUGUCCCCCCUCAUGCAAAGGCUCCAACACCUCCGACUCGUGCCAACUCUUCUAAACCUUUGCCUGUCAUUCCUCCUCCUGCUAAACCAAAAAAUACAGGAACUAAUGCUUCAGAAGAUAAUGAUAAGAACAGAACAUAUAUUAUUGCUGCUGUUUCUGGAGGUGCCGUGGUACUAGGAAUUGCACUUUUAGCUCUGUUAUUAAUACUCUGUCUUAGAAAAAGUAAAAAGAAAGAGACAGUCCCACAGUAUGGGAAAAGAGAUGAGAAACCUCUUCUUAACCUUUGUUCAGGUAGUCUAUCUGCAGAUUCUUCUCAGAAGUCUUCAAGCAUAGGAAGUUCAACCAAGAAAGAUUUCAAGAGUUCUUCUACUGUAAAUAGUCUUUCGGGGCCAGCUGAUGCUCAUAAUUCUUCAGAAGCAGAAGCUAGAACAGAUGCACCUGUAAAUGCAUUACCACUUCCUCCAGGAAAAUCCGCACCUCCGCCACCUGGACCACCUCCUCCUCCUCCUAAACCACCUGCUCCAAAGCCGCCUCCACCUCCAAUGGCUGCUCGCCCUCCACCCCCCGGACCACCAAAGCCUGGUAAUCCAGCAAAGCCUUUACCGCCCCUUGGAGCACAUAAGAGACGAAGUUCUUCUGGUGGUGAGGGAACUGAACCAUCUGAUGACUCUGAUGCUCCAAAGGCAAAAUUAAAGCCAUUUUUCUGGGACAAGGUUCUUGCUAAUCCUGAUCACUCGAUGGUUUGGCACGACAUCAAAGCUGGCUCAUUCCAGUUUAAUGAGGAGAUGAUGGAAUCGUUAUUCGGAUAUAACGCAGCAAAUCCAGGCAAAACUGAGGGCACGAAAGCUGCAUCGUCUUUUGAAGCUACCCCACAGUAUAUUCAGAUAAUUGAUGCUAAGAAAUCACAGAAUCUAGCAAUUAUUCUUAAAGCCUUAAACGUGACGACAGAAGAAGUUUGUGAUGCUCUCAAGGAGGGUAAUAAACUGUCUCCUGAACUUAUUCAAGCUAUAUCAAAGAUGGCACCAACAACAGAUGAAGAACUCAAACUUCGAUUAUAUUGUGGAGAAAUUUCUCAGCUCGGUCCUGCUGAAAGGUUUCUCAAAUCGCUUGUUGAAAUUCCCUUUGCCUUCAAACGGAUGGAAGCAUUGUUGCUCAUGAGUUCUCUGGAGGAAGAUGUUUCUUCCAUUAAAGAGUCCUUUGAAACUUUAGAGGUGGCAUGCAAGGAGCUGAGAAACAGUAGACUCUUCCUGAAACUUCUAGAAGCUGUUCUUAAAACUGGGAACCGCAUGAACGAUGGCACCUAUCGUGGUGGCGCAUCAGCAUUCAAGCUUGAUACGCUGUUGAAACUCUCAGAUGUUAAAGGAACUGAUGGCAAGACCACACUUCUCCACUUUGUCGUCCAAGAAAUUAUCCGAUCAGAAGGAUUAAGAGCAGCACGCAAGUUAAGGGAGAGUGAAAGCUUGUCGGCUCUGACAACAGAAGAUCUUGUCGAGGAUGCUGCUUCUCAAGACUCGGUGAAUUACCAUCGUAACCUUGGUCUCCAGGUGGUUUCUGGUCUAAGCAAUGAACUUGAGGAGGUAAAAAAAGCAGCAGUUAUAGACGGUGAGAACUUAAGUGCAUCUGUCUCGAAACUCGGUAAGUCACUAGUGAAAACGAAAGCGUUUCUAGACACUGACAUGAAAAGUUUGGAGGAAGAGAGUAAGUUCCGUGAUACCCUCACGAAUUUUAUGCAACACGCGGAAGAGGAGAUCAAGUGGAUAUUAGAAGAAGAGAAAAGGAUAAUGGUUUUGGUGAAGAGUACAGGAGACUACUUCCAUGGAACUGCAGGAAAGGACGAAGGCUUGCGUCUCUUCGUCACUGUUCGUGAUUUCUUAAUUAUGUUGGACAAGGAAUGUAUAUUGGUGAGAAAAUCAACCAAGUUGCCAGCAAAUACCCCUAGAAAAGGAGCACUAACGGCAUCACCUUCCCAGGAAUCCCAUCCGGAUUCUUUGCCAGAUCAUGUUCAUCAACGACUAUUUCCUGCAAUCCAGCAGCGACGGAUGGAUGAUGAUUUUAGUUCAGAUGACGAAAGCACAUCCCAAUAGCUAGUGGUUCAGGGGCAGAACAGGCAGAAGGGUCUGCCUCUUACAUUCUAUAGCUAAAGACUUGCUUUUGAAGAAAACGGAUCUGGCAUUCGGUCUGGUGCUUGCUUAGAUAUCGCUAGAAGAAGGAAGAAUGGAUGAACUAAGAUGCCGAAUUUUUUUUUGAUGCUCUUCAAGAAACAUCCAGAGUGAAAUAUAUAUGACUCUCCGUCUUGUAGUCACCAUAUUUUCAUAAAGAUCCAACCAUUUUUUGGAACUGUGAGAUGGCAAAAGUUACUAAAGUCUUUUCUAUAUAUCAAUCAAUGAACUAACUAUAUAUGGUCAACCCCAAAUACUAAAGUCUCUUCUAUGUUAUUAUAAAAAUUUUCUAGUAUAAAGUUGAGAGAUUUAAGGAAAAUGGACCAGUUUUGUACAGCUUUUGGUUUUUUAGCUUUUAUUAUUCCAGUUCCUACUUCUUUUUCCUGGCUGA